AUGGUGGAUAUAAUAUGCAAGCUAAUUUAUAACAUUGAUGCAAACUGUUUGAUUGAUGAGAAAUCACCAUACAGAAAACUCAAAAAUGGCCUGUUUAAGUACUCAAAAGUCACGGAAUGGGUAUGGAAAAAAUGGAAAACGAAGAGAAACGAUUUCGUGUGGCGCAAAAAUCUAAUGCAAAUACUAAAAUCCGGAGACAAGUCAGAACUAAGCAUUUUAAUGAGAGCUUUAACGGAACCGUGUGAUCAAAAUGAUGUUGAAAUUCAUGAAAUGAAGACUUUGGAGAAAAUUUUACGUAUAUUGAUCGAUAAAUUGAGACAAUUGUCGUCAACUUUAAUUUUUUGUCUGUAUGAACUUGCCAAAAAUCCAACGGUACAAGAAAAGUUAAGAGCUGAACUGAGAGAAAAUUUCUCAGAUGAUUGUUCAUACUUAAUGGAAACAAAUACUUUUUUGCACAACGUGAUUCAAGAAACUUUACGUCUUCAUCCAAUUUCGAGUGUUCUGAGGCGAGACUGUGACUUUCCCGAUGAUGAGGAGGAAGGAUAUUCGUUGGCACCCUUCUACAAAUAUAAAGUCCCGCGUAAAAUGCCGUUUUUAAUACCGGUUCAUGCGAUACUCAGAGAUGAAAAGCUCUUUACAAAUGCAGACAACUUCAAUCCAGAUAGAUACUCGGAAAAAAUUCACGAAAUUCUCCCGUUAUUCUUAAGUCAUCAUUUAGAAGGAUCAAAUACGACAAAAUUCGUCGUUGCUGUCAUAAAGCUUUUCAUUUGCAAUAUUAUUCGUAAUUUUAAGAUUAACUUAUCUGAUGACCAGAAUGACUCCAUUAACUACAAUCCAAUGUCAGUCAUGCUUCUACCAAAUGAUCUAAUUUUAAUGUUUCUUGAACAAAUAUAG